AUGUCCUGCCUGGAACUAGAAACGCUUGUAUGCUCCCGGUUGUUAUACUUCUUUGCCGAUAUCUUUUGCUUCCACUCGUACGGUCUGUCGGACCUGGCCAGGAUUGGGCGCUGGAUCGCCACUUGGUCACUCCAGGAGCAUGCGGGGUGGAAGCCCUCCCUAGUGAUUGUCCUUGCAGAUAAAUACAGUCAAGGGCCAAAUGCUGCCUCUAUCGCAGAACGGCUACUUGCCACAACAGUCGAGACAAUCACUUCACUACCGCUGAGCUCUUACUUCUUCGAGACCACUUUCCUUCAAAUACCGGAAACGGACUCACCUAAUGACUUUCGCACGCACCUGCAUCGCUGCACUUCAACUGUUCGCCAACGACGUCAAGACGCAGGCCUGUGCUUUUCUGUAGAGCAUUUCAAUGCCCUCUUCGAAAGAGCCUUUGAGUCAGCAGCGGCCCUGACGAACCAGCCUUUCGAUCCUGUUCGCUCUGCUCGCCAAGAUCUUCCGGUUUCGAUCGAAUUGACAGAUCAUCUCGUCAACUACAUGAAUCAAAUACCCUUAGCCAGGGAUCUCCUCUCAUUUGCGUCUCCCGUUAUUGCUUCGAGUUUAUUGUUGGACCAUUACGUGCCUGACAUGCAUCGUGAGUCUCUGCUUGGACCUGCUGGAAUAUUGCUCUAA